UAUAAAAAAGUUAGUUAAAAGAAGACAAUAUAAAUGUUUCGUUUUCCAACUGCGAAUACUGUCAUUUCAUAAAAGCCAGGAAAUAGUGUAAGCCGAGCAGAUAAAAUGGUAUCUCUCUUCUGCUAAGGAAGUUCAGGAAAUCAUUGGCUAGGACAAGGUUUAUGCUUCAUCAACAUGGCAGGUGCGAUACUCCAAUUGAACAUUCAGAAUCAUCAUGUAGUUAUGGACAAUGGUAUAUUACAAGUGACACUGUCCAAGCCAGAUGGAAAUGUUACUGGGAUCAAAUACAACAGCAUUGAUAAUGUUUUAGAAGUUGAUGAUAAGGAAAAUCAUAGAGGGUACUGGGACCUUGUGUGGAACUCGGGGACUGGAGGAACAACGGGAACGUUCGAUGAGAUGAAAGGAAAAGAAUUUGAAGUGAUAGUGCAAAAUGAGGAACAGAUAGAGCUCUCAUUUAAAAGGAAUUAUUCAUUCAAGGAUAAGGCCGUUCCCUUAAACAUUGAUAAAAGGUUCAUAAUGCUUCGUAAUUCCUCUGGAUUUUAUUCCUAUGCCAUCUAUGAGCACUUGAAGGAAUGGCCUCCAUUCAACCUUCCCCAAACUAGGAUUGUGUUCAAGCUAAGAAAAGACAAGUUUCAUUAUAUGGCAAUAGCAGAUAACAGACAGAGAUUCAUGCCACUUCCUGAGGAUAGACUGCGUCACAGAGGCAAAACCUUGGACUUUCCAGAGGCUGUAAAGCUAGUCAAUCCUAAAGAACCUCAGUUCAAGGGAGAGGUGGAUGAUAAGUACCAAUAUUCUUGUGAAAAUAAAGAUCUUAAAGUGCAUGGAUGGAUAUCCAUGGAUCCUGCAGUGGGUUUCUGGCAAAUCACUCCCAGCAGUGAGUUCAGAUCAGGUGGACCUCUCAAACAGAACCUUACUUCUCAUGUGGGACCAUAUGCUCUUGCUAUGUUCCUCAGCGCUCACUAUUCAGGAGAGGACUUGGUGCUGAAACUCAAUCCUGAUGAGCCGUGGAAGAAAGUUUUUGGCCCUGUAUUUCUAUAUCUAAAUUCUGUUACUGAUGGAGGUGACCCACUUUCUUUGUGGAAAGAUGCUAAAACUCAGAUGACGAAGGAAGUUCAAAGCUGGCCAUAUUCUUUUCCAGCUUCUGAGGAUUUUCCCCCACCAAACCAACGUGGUAGAUUGACUGGAAAAUUGUUUGUCCUUGACAGAUACGUUAGCCAAGAUCAAACGCCAGCAACCGACGCUUAUGUGGGACUGGCAGCACCAGGAGAAGCUGGAUCGUGGCAGACAGAAAACAAGGGUUACCAGUUUUGGACCAAAACAGACGCAGAUGGCUCGUUUAGCAUCGAAAAUGCACGCAUCGGCGACUACAACCUUUAUGCUUGGGUUCCCGGUUUCAUUGGCGAUUAUCGUUACGACGUCAUCGUUAGCAUCUCCGCAGGUAGUGAUAUGGACGUGGGUGAUCUUGUGUAUGAGCCGCCCAGGAACGGGCCUACAUUGUGGGAAAUAGGCAUUCCUGAUCGAUCUGCUGCUGAAUUCUAUGUUCCUGAUCCUGAUCCAAAUUAUAUCAACAAAUUGUACGUCGAUCAUCCUGAUAGAUUUAGGCAAUAUGGAUUGUGGGAAAGAUAUGCAGAAUUGUAUCCUGAUGCAGACUUGGUAUAUACGGUUGGUGUUAGUGACUACACAAAAGAUUGGUUUUUUGCUCAUGUUAAUAGAACGAGAAAUGAUGGUUCACAUCUUAGCACCACGUGGCAAAUUAAGUUUACAGUUGAUAACGUAGAUAAGAAUGACGCCUAUACGUUGCGAGUGGCUCUCGCUACUGCCAAUGUUGCUGAAUUACAGAUUCAGGUAAACGAUCCAGAAGCAAAGCCAGCUGUAUUCACGACAGGACAGAUUGGGCACGACAAUACAAUAGCUAGGCAUGGAAUUCAUGGACUUUAUCGACUGUACAGUGUCGACAUGUCGGGAUCUCUGCUUGUAGAAGGAGAAAACACCAUCUUCCUCUCGCAAAUUAUAAGCAGUUCUUCUUUCAAUGGUGUUAUGUAUGAUUAUAUCCGCCUCGAAGCCCCCCCAUCUGAUAACCCCUAGUCCCUACAGAUUCUUAAAAUAUCCCCCUUUAAUUUUUCAUUCAUAAUUCCAAAUUUCUUUUAUUA